GUUAGUCGGAAGUCAUCAUGAAGUGUGUGUCUCUGGAAAAUGGUUAAAUCGUUCAGUACAAUUAAACAAACUUUAUUGUUUGAAAAUAAUUUCAACACAUAUGGAAGAAAAUUUAAGCACUGCGUAUAAAAGUUACGGCUUUGUUAAGAUCAUUAAAAAGGAAGACAAUUUAAAGAAGAAACAUCGUCAUAUUUCAACAUGGGUGAUCAGGUUGAGCUUGUAAAUAUUCUAGAAACGGAAGACUUUCAGAGCGUGGAUAAUAUCAAAACUAAUGUGUGGAAUCAGACACUUGCUAAAAUCCACAAGGCUGUUAGGAAUAGAGAUAAAUUAAUUUUAGUCUUUAUAGUAGUGCAAGUGAUUUGUAUUUCUCUGACAGUUGCAUAUUUGAAUGCUUAUAUUGAAAAGAUUGCAAGACUAGAAACGCAGAUACAACAAUUGACUUUUAAUACUUCGAAAUUAGCAAGUGUAGAUAGACUAGUUCAGUUAUCAAGUAACAGAGGAUUGGAAGCGCUAUCUAAAGUUGAAAAGGUCAACAGAGAUGAAGCUGGUUCUAAUCUUAAAACAGGUCCGUUGGGUACAAAAUGCAACGCUGGCGAUAAGGGAGAGAAAGGUGAGAGAGGUGAUUAUGGACUAAGAGGUUUAACUGGCGUAUCGGGCGACAAAGGCGAAAUAGGAGACAAAGGUUCAAGUGGAGACAAGGGACAAAUAGGAGAUAAAGGUCCACUUGGAGAAAAGGGACCAACUGGAAUGAAAGGUCAAAAAGGUGAAAGAGGACCAGUUGGAGAUAAAGGCCAAAUAGGUGAUAAAGGUCAAGCCGGAAACAAAGGUGUAAAUGGGACAAAAGGCCCAGACGGAGACAAAGGAGAAUUUGGAGUUAAAGGUCGAGAAGGAGAUAAGGGUUACAGGGGCAAAAAGGGCUCGACAGGCAUAGUUGGUUCUACUGGAAACAAAGGUUUGCCUGGUGAAAAUGGAUUGACAGGUGAAAAAGGACCUCAGGGAGAAACUGGACUACCUGGCUUAAAAGGGAAACAUGGCGAAAAGGGUACCAAUGGUGACAAGGGCACGAUUGGAAAUGAGGGUCCUAGUGGCGAUAAUGGUCAAAAAGUUCAGAAAAAGUCAUGUGGUUCUGGAUGGGAACAGUUUAUACAAAGCUGUUAUUACAUUGAAAUAAGACCAACGAAGACAUGGAAUGAGGCAAAAAUGGACUGUCGCAUUAAAGGAAGCAGACUUGUGAAAAUAGACAACGCCUUUGAAAAUAGCUUUUUGAAAUCCUUUGCAAAAGAUAGGAAUGCAGGUCACGUUUGGAUCGGAGCACAUGAUUCAAUGAGAGAAUCUCAUUUUGUGUGGGAAGCUGACAAUACAGAUGUUACUUUUACCGACUGGGCAUCUCGCCAACCUGAUAAUUGGCGAAAUGGCGAAGAUUGUGUUCAUUUGGACUACGGCCUGUCAAACACAUGGAAUGAUAAUAGCUGUUCAAAGAGAUUAGGAUACAUUUGUGAAAAACAAUAAUUGCAUUGAGUAUCAAGCUGAAAAGUUGAAAGAAAAGCAAUCGAAAUAACAAUCGGACAUGACAACUUUUGAGUCGUUCUAUUUUAUGAUUUAAUUCACUUUUGUAAAAUCAUAUAUAAAAUAUUUAAGUGCUAAAAUGCUCCAGCUACUUGCAAUUAUGUUCACUUUCUUACUCAAAACAAUGAAACACAAACACAAUUAAUGUUUGGGUACUGAAUGGCCUAGUGACCAGCUUAAACUUUUAUUUUCAAAUACAAAAUAUCUCCUCUGCCUCAAAGUCCAAACUAAAAUAUAAAGUCUCUAUUAACACAAAAGAAACUGUUUUGCAGAAUCCUACACGUGUUCUGUAACAAAACAAUCUACAAAAUAUAAGAAACAAGUUAAAGAUACUUAAACAAUAUGAAAGCAAAACUAAAAAAAUAUUUUUGAAGAAAAAAAUUAAGACUUCUAACUAUAAAACGUGUGCUGGAUUAGUCACUACCUAAUUCUCGGUAACUUAAAUCGUGUGAAGUUACCGUAAAUACUGACCGCCACGCCGAAUAACAACAAUUGUUAAACAAACCUAUUCAAACUCUCCUUUAUAAAAUCAUUGCGCAAUCUUUCAUACUCAUUCCGCAUAACGCUUUAAUUCACUUUGUUUAAACAAAAACAAACUAUUUUUUUGCUAAAAUACUCCAUCUUCUUUGAAACCAUGUGCAAAUAAUUGAGCACAUGCAAUUAUGUUCCAUUUUCUUACUCAAUGCAAUGAAACACAAACACAAUAUUUGGAUAAUGAAUGGCGCAGUGACCAGCUAGACCCACAAAGAAAGCAGGCUAAAUUAAAGCUAAAUUCCAAAAUUCUUAGAAACUGCUAUACGAUUAUGUAAAAAUUCUAGCUGGUUUCUAUUGUUUGAUCUUUUUGAUUUCCAGUGACCGUGCAUUCAACAUUUUCUAUCAGAUUUAUAAUUCUGAGCGGCAGCUGUAGCCUCACCCGCUUUAAACUAUAUAAACCGAAAACAGUUACACUAGAGCCAAAUUCAGCUAAUAUCGUGCAGAUUUUCUUUUCUUAAUGCAAAAUGAUUAGAGACUAAAGAACGAUAUCGUUAUACAUAUAAACGUAUCAUAUGUCAUAUAUCUUUAUUAGACAACAACACGUUCGUAACCAUCACAAACAAUUUAGAUGUUCACUUUAAUAUGUGAAAAUUCAUUUAAGCGUGUUAACAUGUAUAAGCUAAAGAACGCAUAGUAAGCAAGUGCAAGUUUGAGUGUUCUACUGCAAGUAUAAGUUCAGCAAAAAAACUUAAUGAUAUAAAAAUCAGAGGUUAUUUUUCUUUAUAUUACUAGAUAUUUUUGUCAUGGAUACCUUGCAGAAAUUAAAUCUGAAUCACGAUAAUUUUUCCAUGUUUUCCCGCUAAUUGUGUGCCCAAAUGAUACUAUAAAAAGUGAACUGAAAUAUUAAAUGCAUUGCAGUAUAUUUCGUGAAAGGUUGAAGGUAAGGAUCAUGAUUUUCUUUGGAUGGUAAAAAACAAGUUAAUGUUCGACACUUUCUGUCCAUUUUGCAUAUCUUAACCCCCCCUUCCCAUCAGCUGCUGGUAAAAUGUGUUAUGCAGUCGAAGCUCUGGAUGUGCCACUUCAUGGUUUUGGACCACUAUUAAAUAGAAAAGAUUUUGUAUGUUUACGUAACACUUCAAAUUAAUCUAUAAUUGAUCCAUACCGUUAUGAUUUUAAUCUGGUCCAGUGACCAACUUUACACUAUGUCAAUACAUGAAAAAAUAUCUCAUUAAUUGUUAGUCCCGUACUCCUAUUAGAAAUGACUUCUCAAAGUUUACGGUUCCGUGACCUCUGAAUGUUAACAGUCCAGUGACCUCCGAGUGACUACGGUCCAGUGACAUUUAAGGAUGCCUAGGAUACACAGUAUAUAAAAAAACCAAGUGGUUAAAAAAUCUUUACAUACAAACUGUAAAUUAUGAUAAAAACAUAUCAAAUCAUGUCUGAAACAUAAAUUUCCCGUUCGCAAACAUCAAAGCCUUAUCAAUACCUGCACUUAAAGUCACCAGUUUCUUGAAAUUCUUAAACAUCUUACACAAACUGAACAUCUUUUAAAUUCAUUUUUAAUAGAAGCUACUAAAACACAAACGAUGGUCAUUCUGGAACAACUUAUGUUCAUUCUGAUUUGCUUGUAACUAAAUGAUUGUUGCCUUUUUUCAUCAAUAGAAUAUAAAAAGAGGACUAACUAAUUAUCAUUACCGUUCCAAUUACAAGUAAAAGCCAAAAUAGAAGUAUUUUUCGGAUCCGUAAAAAAGAUUUCAAACUUUUGCUAAGCUUUGUGUUGCUUAUAUUGACUUUAUUUUAACUGUAUGAUGACCGCAGGAUAUAUCUAGAAGAAGAAAUCAAGACAAUAAACUCUUAUUAUUAUUA